GCUGGUUUGAAUCUGAGCUCGAUGAAGGAAGGAAGAAAAGGUGAGCAGAGAGCUCACACGAAGAAGAUAGUGCUGACGUCACUGUCAGCAAUGGUGGCCGAGACAACGACGUUCCCCAUAGACAUGACAAAGACGAGGCUUCAGCUUCACGGCGAGUCUCCCUCAUCGACUCGCCCAACCAACGCAGUCCGAGUCGCUGCUCAGAUUGUGCUCAAUGAAGGCCUUUUAGGGCUCUACAAUGGAUUGUCUCCGGCGAUAAUUAGACAUCUAUUCUAUACGCCUAUUCGAAUUGUUGGUUAUGAGCACUUGAGGAAUACUUUGGUGCCCCAUGAUCAUCAGCUUUCUCUCUCUAGCAAGGCGAUUAUUGGUGGCAUUUCCGGCGUAAUUGCUCAGAUCCCUUUGUCUGAGCAUGGAUUUCAGCUUCCAAUUGCUUUUUCGAAUGUUCAGAAUAAUUCUGGAGUCACUUCAGAUCACCAAUACUCAUUAAAUCCUCAAUUUCCUUCGAGUUCACAUGUUCCUUUGAUUGUUGGAAAUUCUCUGAAUUCUCAGAUCCCUGUGUCUGAGCAAGAAGUUCAGCUUCCAGAAGUUGUUUCAAGUGCUCAGACUACUCAUAGUUUUCAGAUUCAUCCUACUAAUGUCACGUUUGGUUCUUUUAGUUCUAGUGUAGAGGUGGGAAUUGGACAACAGGCUAGGCUAGGUAGCAGAUGGUGGUUCCAGAUGCUAUGGGUCUUGAUGUGGAAAUAUGCAGUGGCAAGUGAUGUCGUGGCUCAGGACUUGAGUCCAAAUGCUGCUGGUAACAGUAUAGAGGCAUUUGCUUUCUCUCCUCCUGUUAUUUUAAUUAAUAAUGCUAAUGGAACUGGUGGUUUGAAUUAUGGUGUGCUUGAGAAGGAUGAUGGGGUUGAAAUGAGCAGGCCCGUGGAAAUUGUGGGGCCCAAAGAGGUGUUGGGAGAGUGUAAUGUUCUCUAUGCACCNAUAAUGCUAAUGGAACUGGUGGUUUGA